CAUCUUGGAAAGUCCGGUUCGGUGAUGCAUCUUUUCCCGCCUGUAAAGUACCUGCUGUAAACAAUAUAUUUUCUUCGCACUCACCGGCAUAAAGUCCCUGUGGUAGUUUUACAGCCUUUUACAGUUAGAAGGGAAGACUUUAAAGCUGCAUGUCACGGAGCGGGCGGCACGUUCUCUUUUUCGGUGUCGAGACCUUUGGGUCUACAUGUGUCUAGUACUUGGUGCAACCUCUUCUGUCACAGAGAAGAACACACCGCCUUUUCCUCGUAUGAUUAAGAAGGUGAAUAUCAUUUAGUUGGACCUGCACCAGUGCUGCAGCCAUAGUGAUCGGUGGAAGAAUUUGCUGCUCCUCUUUAGCAACGCCUGUAAUGGGCAGGAAUUCCCAAUUUAUACGAGCAUUAUUUUACUUUUGUUAGUAUUUUCACUGCAGACUUGCUCAUUGAGCCAGGGCAUCAUGUUUUGGAAAUUUGAUCUUCAUACAUCGUCUCAUAUAGACACUCUUCUGGAGAAAGAGGAUGUGACACUUACUGAGCUUAUGGAUGAGGAGGAUGUCCUUCAAGAAUGUAAAGCUCAAAACCGCAAGCUCUUAGACUUUCUGGUUAAACCUGAAUGCAUGGAGGAUCUGGUGUCCCAUAUUACAGAAGAGCCUCCUAAAGAAAUGGAGGAGAAGAUUCAAUACAAGUAUUCAAAUAUAUCUUGUGAGCUCUUAACCUGUGAUGUUGCAAUAGUGAAUGAUCGUUUGGGAGAAGAUGAAAACCUGCUCCUGAAGCUCUACGGGUUUCUACACCGUGAACCUCCUAUUAACCCUUUGCUUGCUAGUUUCUUUAGUAAAGUUUUGAGCAUUCUUAUUAGCAGAAAACCAGAACAGAUUGUUGAAUUUCUUAGAAAAAGAGAAGAUUUUGUAGAUUUAAUCAUUAAACAUAUAGGAACCUCUGCUAUUAUGGAUUUGCUGCUCAGGAUGUUGACCUGCAUUGAACCUCAACAGCUUAGGCAAGAUGUUUUAAAUUGGUUAAAUGAGGAAAAAAUAAUUCAGCGGCUUGUCGACAUGGUCCACCCUUCUCAGAACGAAGAUAUGCACUCGAAUGCAUCACAGUCAUUAUGUGAAAUCAUUCGGCUAAGCAGAGACCAGAUGUUUCAGAUGCAGGGCUGCACAGAGCCUGAUCCACUGCUUACCACAUUGGAGAAGCAAGAAACUGUUGAACAGUUAUUAUCAAAUAUUUUUGAUAAAGAGAAAAAUGAUUCAGCAAUUGUCAGCGUCAUCCAGAUAUUAUUAACACUUUUUGAAACUCGCCGACCUGCUUUUGAAGGCCAUUUAGAAGUUUGCCCUCCAGGCAUGAACAAUCCUUCCUUUUCAGUCAGUCAGAGUGUUUUAAAUGCAAUUAAGCCAAGACUCAAACACUUUCAUCAGCUGCUACUUGAGCCUCCAAAGAAAAAUGCCAUGAAAACUACCUGGGGCAUUUUGGAUCUUCCAGUUGGCAACACUCGACUAAAUGUGGUCAGAUUAGUUGCCAGUCUCCUACAGACCAACAUGCACAUAAUCAAUCUAGAACUGAUUGAGCUGAACACUGUUGGUGUUAUACUUGACAUGUUUUUCAAGUAUAUAUGGAAUAAUUUUCUUCACGUGCAAGUUGAAAUCUGCACUGCAGUGAUUCUUGCGAGUUCGCCGUCCCAAAGUGAAAGUACAGAAGCUAAAACAGAUGGUGAUCAGGAAGGCCUCAAAGAAAACAUUCUCAUUAGUCAUCUUUUUCAGAAGUGCCAGUUAAUACAAAGAAUACUUGAUGCAUGGGAUUCAAAUGAGAAGGAGCAAUCAGAAGGCGGACGGCGGAGAGGCUAUAUGGGUCACUUGACACGAAUAGCUAAUUCUGUUGUCCAAAACACAGAAAAGGGACCGAACAGCGAACUGCUGCAGAAGCUGAUUUCAGAGUUUCAAGAUGAUGUUCGGGAACGAUGGGAGGCAUUCAUUUCUGGUCCUUUAGCAGAAACUAACAAGAAAAACACAGUAGAUUUAGUUAAUACACAUCAUAUUCACUCCUCAAGUGAUGAUGAAGUUGAUUUCAAAGAGAGUGGCUUUAACCAGGAUUCCGGUUUACAACAAGCCUUUUCUGAUUAUCAGAUGCAACAAAUGACGUCCAAUUUUAUUGACCAGUUUGGCUUCAGUGACGAGGAAUUUGCUGACCAGGAUGACGUCGUCGAUAUUCCCUUUGACAGAAUAUCUGACAUCAAUUUUACAUUGAACACAAAUGAGAGUGCUAACAUUGCCUUGUUUGAGGCUUGUUGUAAAGAGAGAAUUCAGCAGUUUGAGGACACUGGCUCUGAUGAGGAGGAUAUAUGGGACGAAAAAGACGUAGCAUUUGCACCAGAAAAACAAAGACGUCACAGAAGCUCAGGAAGCACUGAUAGUGAAGAAAGCACUGACUCAGAAGAGGAGGAUGUGGUGAAGCGAGAUCUGUUUGAGCAGAAUAGUGCCAAUGUAGAUGACCGAAUGGAGGUGGACACAGGCGAAACUGGAUGGACAGCUAACUUUGAUGAUGUGCCAAUGGAUACUGGAAAUGCAGUGGCCUCCACUACCGAUGCAGCUAGUUCAGGUGGAUGGAGUACAAGGGAAAUCUCAACAGAGAAAGAAGCGGGAUGGGCGAGUUUUGCUGAGUUUACUUCAGACAUAAGCCCUAAAGAUCCCUUAAGAAGCAGUUCUCCUGUGGCAAUGGAAAUCAAUUCUGAGACACCUGAUCCUCUCGGUGUGAAUUUAACAUCCAAUUAUGAAGAGUUGGAAAGGUGGCCUGCAGAUGGGAAUCCACAAGCAUUAUGUAGCACAAAGAUGGAGUCCAGUUUAGAUGGAGAAGAGGAAGAGGAAGAUGGUGGAGCAGAUAGAAUAACGGAAACUGUCACAAAUGGCUCCAUGAAGGAGACAGUCAGCCUUACUGUUGAUGCCAAAACUGAAACAGCGGUUUUCAAGAGAGUGUUGAAAUCCUGUCGUGAUGAUGGUAAAAUGUCUGUUUCGGAAGAAACUUCUCCACAGUGCUUAGUGACAGACGAUGGAGAGACUGAGAAGGCAAUCCCAACUUCACCGUCCACGGCCAAUUGUCACAAGCAAAGUAUAAAGCACUUGGAAGCCAAGGUAAAGUGUCCAUCCAGCGAAACUUUAAAUGGCCCUCUUGAAGAUGUACAUUCAAUGGAAGAAGUCAAGUCAGAUCAGAGAGUCCCAUCGCCAGACACUGCGAUAAACGGCCCAGCGUGAUCCACGAUGGCUGUCGUCGCUGUUGUCGUCUUCUGCCUCGGAAGCUUCUUUUUAUUUUUCCAGGGAUUCUUGCCGAGUUCGCUGGAGGCACACAGCCAGAGCCAGUCACAGCUGCACUACCUUCACGAGAUCAGGACCAGCAAUACCGAUUUACAGACCGCUGUACAGGACGUUUGAACUGUAUUUAAGAAAAGAAGAACUUUAACAGAUGCAGAGAUUUUACAUUUGUUUAUAUACCAUUGUUCUUAUUGAAAGAUUUGUCUGAUUCAAUAUGUUGUCACUCAAGAUAAAUGAUGCUAUAGUUUUAAUUGAUUGUAUGGAGAGAGAAUUUUAUAAAAAUGUAUGCAGAAAAUGGGCAUAUGACUAAUUGUAUACCAAUUGGUAUGACCAGAGUAUUGGGAGUGUUUUCAUACAGUCUCCUCUUGCACAAAAUUCAAUAUUUAAUUAUCUUCCAAGCUCAAGUAACAGAUGCUAUGAAAGACGCAUAUAUUAAAAUGACAACAUAGUUUGUUCGGUCCUUAUAUUGAUUGUUAGAAAAGUAAGAUUAAUUUUAAAUACUCAUCAAAUGUUUUUUGCUACAGAUAUUAUUUGUAAAUGUUACUUAUAUCCUUUCAACCUGAGCAAGAUCUGAAAUGAUUUGGUUUAGUUUUUAACUUUUAUUUAUUAUUGAAAAGUAGAAAAUGUGGUAAUGUUACUAAAAGAGCCGUAAGCUGCCUCUCUACUGUUUCACCAAAUUGUAGAAGUCGCUAGAGGAUGGACAGAAAUUGCAUGUGGCUUUCGACUCGAGUUGUGCUGAAGGUUUUUAAUCCCCAGACAGCCAGUUAAAACCUUUUGAUGCGUCUGAAAAGACGAGCCUCGCGCCACCCCGGAAUACUUGACUUGGUCGGUGCCCCUUGUGCCAGCUCUUUUUAAAGACACGCAGACUUCCUGUUUUUAGUUUUUCUUAAUUUUGCGUCACUCUUUAAUGCUGUUUCCUGCCCGCCCCCCCCCAACCCCACUCUAAAUUCAGCCUCUGGCAGGCAAACUUGUACAAUGUUUUACAAUUAUUCAGUUAAUAAUUUAUAUAAUUACAAAGCUCAACAUUGCUGGAAAGAUAACUCUCUUGUCUUAUUUGUUCUGUUUUCAAGUGCAUUGCUGUAAACAGCCGACAGUUUUUAGUUGUGUGCUACAACU